AUGAAAGGACUGGGAUCCACUGUCAAGUGGACUGGCAAGCUCAAUCUCGAGGCAAGGAGAGACACAACCAAGUGGUGCGAGUUCCACAGCGACCAUGGGCACAACACCGGAGACUGUAUUGCCUUGCGGCUCGAGGUUGCUGCACUUCUGAAAAGGGGACAUCUCCGUGAUCUACUUAUUGACAAGAGGAAGAACACCAUUAGCCAGAAAAGCUCCAAAAAACCGUCACCCCCUCCGCGGGAACCCAUACUGAAAGGUUUCUAUUCGCUCAUCUCCGGAGGAUCAGAGAUCAGUAGAGUAAGUUACUCAUCGGCCAAGCGAUAUGCUAGAGCCAACCACCACCAUGAAGUACAGUCCAUCCAUCCAGUCUCGCGAUCACACUCUCAUCAGGUAAUUCAGUUUGAAGAUAACGAACCGAUCACCCUGGCCGUUCCUCAUCACAACCCUUUAGUCGUCUCCCUACAGAUUGCCAACAUCCUAGUGAAAAGGGUGUUCGUAUAUAGAGGUUUGUCAGCAAACAUCCUGUUCCUCGAAGCAGUCAAGGCAAUGGGACUAGAAGAAGCAAACAUCAAUAGGUGGCUGACACUGCUGGUUGGGUUCAACUCGGAGCAGAAAUACUCUGUCGAAGAGAUCAUCCUUCCCAUCUACGCCGGUGGAAUAAACAAACAGACCGUCUUCCUGGUGAUCGACUGCCCAUCUCCCUACAACGUCAUUUUGGGCCGCCCUUGGAUCCAUGACAUACGGGCAGUCCUAUCUACCUUCCACCAGACGAUCAGGUUUCCAACCAAGUGGGGAGUACGAGAGAUCAAGGGCGACCCCAAAGCUUCCAGGGACUGCUACAAAAACGCCUUCAAGAGCAAAGGAAACUCUUCAUAG